CACAUCCGCUAUUUAUGGUAAAAGGUUGAAGCUCGGCCGAGGGAGAGGAGAGGCGCUCGCGGUGGAUAUUUAGCGUGAUUUUUCAGCUCCGAGGCUCCAAAUCCUACGAGAUUGUUUGUAGAUUAUCUUGGGAACAAUGCCCGGCUUACACAUCAUGUCUCUGGGGGCCAUGGCCUGCACUCGGUGCGGGGAUAGCUUCGAGCCCCAGGAGAAGAUCGUCAACUCCAAUGGUCAGCUGUGGCAUACUCAGUGCUUCGUGUGUGCCCAGUGCUUCCGGCCAUUCCCUGAUGACAUCUUUUACGAGUUCGAAGGCCGCAAGUACUGCGAACAUGACUUCCAAGUGCUCUUUGCGCCUUGUUGUGGCAAAUGCAACAAUUUCAUCAUCGGGCGGGUGAUCAAGGCCAUGAACUCCAAUUGGCACCCCCAGUGCUUCACCUGCGAGCUCUGCGUGAAGGAGCUGGCCGACCUGGGCUUCAUCCGCAAUGCUGGCCGAGCACUCUGCCACGAGUGCAAUGCGCGGGUCAAAGCAGAAUCCCUCGGCAAAUACAUGUGCCAUAAGUGCCACUCGACCAUCGAUGGGGAGCCACUACGCUGGCGUGGCGACACCUUCCAUCCUUACCAUUUCAAUUGUGCGGCCUGUGGCAACGAGCUGACUGCCAACGCCCGAGAAGUCAAGAGCAGACCUGGCUACACUGCCAACGAAAUGAACGAACUGUACUGCUUACGAUGCCACGACAAGAUGGGUAUUCCUAUAUGUGGUGCUUGUAGGCGGCCCAUCGAGGAGCGCGUGGUGACAGCCCUGGGCAAGCACUGGCACGUGGAGCACUUCGUGUGCGCCAAGUGUGAGAAGCCUUUCAUGGGCAACCGUCACUACGAGCGCAAAGGGUUGGCCUACUGCGAGACCCACUAUCAUGAACUCUUUGGCAACCUGUGCUUUGUUUGCAACUCAGUUAUUUAUGGUGAUGUGGUAAUGGCCCUCAACAAAGCCUGGUGCACCCAUCACUUUGCCUGUGCUUUGUGUGACACAAAAAUGACACAGAAAACCAAGUUCUUUGAGUUCGACCAAAGACCUAUUUGCAAGAAGUGCUACGAGAGGUUCCCGCAGGAGCUGAAGAAGCGACUCAAGAGGCAACAUGAAGUCCAGGCGCGUGGAGGCAAGCCUGCUGUAUAGGGUAGCUAGGCAGGAAUCACCCUCUGGUACACGACAGGCCCUGAAAAUACUUUGAAGAGGGGCCUAAGUUAGAGUGAAUAUUUGAUUCUUCUCCCUUGAUAUGCCUAUAUCAAAAUCUAGUUUGAUUAAAACUUUUGAUUGCUCUCCAUGAUAACGUGGAAUUGUAACACUUUUAAAUAACAUGGAUAUGAUAUUAAUUUUAAUAAUGAUUAUAGUAAUGAUCAUCUCAUUAACACUUGAUUGGAUACUAAUUCUUAUAUAAGCAAACAGAAUUUUAUUUGUGUUAUUGACUGCAUUUAUAUCAUUUUACAAAUUAAUAUAAAUAAUGCUGUUGACAAAGUUCUUUCUGUGAACAGAUUUUAACUAGUAUCUGUCUUAUUAUCACUAAAAAAAUCAUCAUUUAUGAUACCACUGAAACAGACUAAUUAUUUUUGCUGAUGUACGCACAGUUAUUGAACCGAAUGAAGUGAAGUUCAUUCAUUAUAUGAUACAUAGGAUAACUAACUUACAAAUAAAUCCAAAAACGUUAAA